UGUACCUUUAAUAAAUCAAAGAACAAACAAAAUUUAAGUAUGGAAGCUGUGAUGGAAGUGUUUAUAAACUGAAAGUAUACUUUUCUUGAGUUAAGAAAAACUUUGAAAUAAAUAUUUAUAAACAAAAUCUCUUGAAUAAAAAAAAAUCUCGUAACAGUAUUAAAAGUUUAUAUUCAGUAUGGAUAUCACGGAAACUAUGAAAAAUGUAUUAGCGAAAAGUUUACAGCAAACAGCUGUAAACGAUGUUACAAAUCAAUCGAAUAUAGGUUUCCCGGGAUCUGGUUAUGUUACAGAAAAAUUAUAUAUGCUUUUACAAUUAUACUUACAAAAUAAAGGAUGGAAUCCUUCCGUAGAGUUACUACAAUGUUUUACAGAAUUAAAAGAAGCAUCGAUGCUUCCUAGUGCUGCUUAUUUACAAAUGAUGGCAUCUCGAGUUGCGUUAGAUACUCAAGGUAGAUUAGUUCUUCGUGAAAAUGGUAAAAUUAUAUUACCAUAUGAACAUUUUGCAAAUGCUGUUAUGCUUAAACAUAUGGCUGGUCCCCAUGGACUUCAUUUGGGACUGGAGGGUACAGUAAGAGCUGUAAUGGAAUCUUAUACAAUAGGUCGAGAACAAUUUGGUAUGGAAAAAGAAUUUAUCGUGGAAGUUGUUCAAAAUUGUCCGAAUGCUGCAUGCCGAUACUACAAAAAUCAAAUGGAUCUGACUCAAAAAACAAUACAACAUUUAACUCAAACGGCACCUACAUAUAUUUCAGACGGACAAACAAGUAACAGUGAUUCACAGUUUCCUAUGCCGAUACCACCGCCUAAUUUAGGUACACAUCUCGGUAUGGGUCCAGUGGAUUUAACAGAGACAAGUAGUAGCACAAAAAUGGAACGUCCUAAAUCGGUUGCUCCACAACCCCAACCAAGUCAACAACAAAUUACAGCCGCAAUAAUUCAACAACAGAAUCGUGUUAUUGCUCAACAGAAUUUAGAGAAACAACGUCAUCAGUUACAUCAACAACAGUUGCAGGAUAUUACAAAACAGGUGCAGGCAGCUCAGCAAGCUCAACAAGCUCAGCAACAGCAAGCUCAGCAGCAACAACAGCAACAUCAACAAGCGCAACAACAGCAAAAGAAUCAACAUUUUGAAUUACCUGUUAUGGAUCAUAAACUAACUGAUUUCUUACGAGCAAAUUUGGAAAAUUUAGAAGGUUUAUCAUCAGCCAACAAAGAUCUACUAGCAUUACAUAAUGGUGCAUGGGCAGCCGGUGCAAAUGCAAACGGUGGGGGUAACGGUCCUGUGGACGAUAAACGUAACGUCAACACAAGUAAUAAUACAUCGGUUGGCGAAGGUGGCCAAGAAAAAAUCGUACGUGCAUUUGCCGAGGUUAUGAAGAAUAUGGCACGUAUGAAAACUUACGUUCGACCAUCAAUGUGUAAACCAUAUGGUAAACAAUCUGAAGCGUUACAGAAAACAUUAGUUGAUACAAUUCAGCUAGUACAAUCGUUACGUAGUUUUUUACCACCGCCACAUAUUCAAGUUAGUUCAUGGAAGAAUGAGGAUAAACAUCGUGUUGCGAAAAAUAAUUGUGCCGCAUCAGAGUAAAUUACUUGGAA